AUAUAAGUAAGGAUGCGUUUGUUACCUACUUAUCCGAUAAAAGUAAGGUUGCGUUUGUUACCUACUUAUCAGAUAUAAGUAAGGAUGCGUUUGUUACCUACUUAUCAGAUAUAAGUAAGGAUGCGUUUGUUUCCUACUUAUCAGAUAUAAGUAAGGUUGCGUUUGUUACCUACUUUUCAGAUAAAAGUAAGGAUGCGUUUGUUACCUACUUAUCAGAUAUAAGUAAGGUUGCGUUUGUUACCUACUUAUCAGAUGUAA